AGAAAGAAAGAAAGAAAGAAAGAAAGAAAGAAAGAGAGAGGAGAGAGAGAGACAAGAUUCAAAAUACGGGCACGGGCAUGAGAGCUGGAUUCGGGGUCACUCCAGCUCCUCGAUGUCCCCUGUUCAAUGGGUGCAGCAGUUACUGUCUUUAGUGGCUGAGAACUUCUUAAAAUGUCAGCUGCGGAUAGGCACAGAGGUUUAGGUGAUAGGACCAAGAGCACAGGACCGGCGUGGCAGUAGCGGAAGCGGUGUCUGUGAGUCCCAGCCAAUUCCAAACGAAGGAGGACAGAAUGACCAAGUUCAAGGAGGCAGUGACCUUCAGGGACGUGGCUGUGGUCUUCAGCGAGGAGGAGCUGGGGCUGCUGGACUCGGCCCAGAGGAAGCUGUACCGAGAGGUGAUGCUGGAGAACUUCAGGAACCUGCUCUCCGUGGAGCAUCAGUUCAUCACUCUGGAUAUUUUACCUCAGUUAGAGAGUGACGAAAAGCUCUGGAUGAGGAAGAGGACAACCCAGAGUGGUGACACUUCAGGAGACAAGAAUUUAAAUGAGAUGGAGACUCUUCAAGAAGUAGGCUCAAGGUACCUGCCACAUGAAGAGCCUUUCUGCUCACAAAUCUGGCAGCAGGUCACCAGGGAGUUAACCAGGUGUCAAGAGGCUAUGGUGAAUAUUCAAGAGACUGGCUCUCAGUUGAAAGAACUAGAUGAUGCACCCUCUCAAGAGGAGAAUUUCAGUAAAUGCUUUAAUCAGGAUUCAUAUCUCCAGGUUCACCACAGAGUCCAUGGUGAUAAAAAACUUUACAAAGGGGUGAUGAAUGAGAAAGGUUCUACUUGGGACUUGAAUCUUCAAGCUAACCUGCAGGCCCAUGCAGAAGAAAAACCCUACAAAUGUGAAAAAUGUGAUAAUACCUUCCGUCGAUUUUCAAGUCUUCAGGCACAUCAGAGAGUGCAUAAUAGAGAGAAAUCAUACAAACCUGAUUUCUCAUUCAAGGGUUUCAGUCAGAGGUCACAGUUCCACUCCCAGCAGAGACUCCUCAAAGGAGGGAAUCCAUACAAAUAUGAGGAAUGUGGGAAAAAUACUAGGAAAAGGUCACAGUGCCAGGUUUCCCUGAUAGUCUACACAGGAGAGAAACCCUGUAAAUGUGAGGAGUGUGGGCUGAGCUUUAGUCAGAUCUCAUAUCUUCAAGUUCAUCAGAGGAUCCACCAUGGAAAGAAACCUUAUAAAUGUGAAGAGUGUGGAAAGGGCUUCAGUUGGCGUUCACGACUACAAGCCCAUCAACGAAUCCACACUGGGGAGAAACCGUACAAAUGCAGCGCCUGUGGUAAGGGCUUUAGUUACAGCUCACACCUCAACAUUCACUGCAGAACCCACACAGGAGAGAAACCUUACAAAUGUGAAGAGUGUGGGAAAGGCUUCAGUGUAGGUUCACACCUUCAAGCCCAUCAGAUAAGCCACACUGGAGAGAAACCAUUCAAAUGUGAGGAGUGUGGGAAGGGCUUCUGUCGGGCCUCAAAUCUUCUGGACCAUCAGAGAGGCCACACUGGUGAGAAACCAUACCAAUGCGAUGCUUGUGGUAAGGGCUUCAGCCGCAGCUCAGAUUUUAACAUUCAUUUUAGGGUCCAUACAGGAGAAAAACCCUAUAGAUGUGAGGAAUGUGGUAAGGGCUUCAGCCAGGCCUCAAAUCUUCUAGCCCAUCAGAGAGGCCACACUGGAGAAAAGCCAUACAAAUGUGGUACAUGUGGGAAGGGCUUCAGUCGAAGUUCAGAUCUUAAUGUUCAUUUUAGAAUCCACACAGGAGAGAAGCCCUAUAAAUGUGAGAAGUGUGGGAAGGCCUUCAGUCAGUUCUCAAGUCUUCAGGUACACCAGAGAGUCCACACGGGAGAGAAACCAUAUCAGUGUAUAGAGUGUGGGAAGGGCUUUAGUGUGGGGUCACAGCUUCAAGCCCAUCAGAGGUGCCACACUGGGGAGAAACCAUAUCAUUGUGAGGAAUGUGGAAAGGGCUUCUGUCGGGCCUCAAAUUUUCUUGCUCAUCGUGGAGUUCACACAGGAGAAAAACCAUAUCGAUGUGAUGUGUGUGGAAAGCGUUUCCGACAGAGAUCUUAUCUUCAGGCCCACCAGCGGGUCCACACUGGGGAGAAACCAUACAAAUGUGAGGAGUGUGGGAAGGUCUUUAGUUGGAGCUCAUACCUUCAGGCCCAUCAGCGAGUUCACACUGGAGAAAAACCAUACAAAUGUGAAGAAUGUGGGAAAGGCUUCAGUUGGAGCUCAAGUCUUAUAAUUCAUCAGCGAAUCCAUGCUGAUGAAGAGAGUAAUAAGGACUUCUCUUCAUCGGAACAUUUGUACAGGACUCUGCUGCCAUACGGCUCUGUGCCUUCCCAGGAGGAAGAAUUGAAAAUGAACGCGUUGAAGGAGGCAGUGACCUUCAGGGACGUGGCUGUGGUCUUCAGCGAGGAGGAGCUGGGGCUGCUGGACUCGGCCCAGAGGAAGCUGUACCGAGAGGUGAUGCUGGAGAACUUCAGGAACCUGCUCUCCGUGGAGCAUCAGCUCUUCCAACGAGACAGUUCAUGUACAGAAAGAGAAGAGAAGCUUUGGAGGAUGAAGGCAGAAACCCAAAAAGCGAGAAUGUUAGAGAAUAAACAAAGUGAAUUAAAGACUGUUCAAGACAGAGGAUCCCAUGAAGAGCUUUCCUGCUGGCAAAUUUGGCAACAAAUUACAACUGACUUAACCACAUUUCACAACUCCAUGAUAAAUAAUACUCAGUUCUACACACAAGGAGAUCCUAUUUGCCAUGUUGGGCUAGGACUAUGUAUUCAAAUUUCUGAGGAUGAGAACUGUCUAGAAAAUCAUGAAACAGAUCUUCUCAGUGAUAGUGGAGAUCCAGAAUUUUCAACUUUCAAAACCCAGGAUUCAUGGGGGAACACUUCUUUGACUGAAUCACAGAAUUAUCAGAACAGACAUCAGCAAAUUUCUAUGAAACAUAAACCGUGUCAAUGUAAACACGGUGUUGACCACAUCAGCUGGAUUUCAAAUCAUCACGAAGAUCAUGGAAUACCCAGAAGUGAAAAAUCUUAUCACACCAAUGAUUAUGGGAAAGAUAACAUACAGAGUUCAACACUUUAUGAGCAUAGGAUGAUUCACCCAGGACAAAAGCCUUACUGGUAUAAGGGAUGUGCAGAAGCCUUCACUGAUCUCUCCAGCUUUGAUCCUCAACAGCAAUUACAUCCUGGAAAGAAGUGUCAGAUAUGUAUUGAAUGUCGAAAAGGCUCCCAAGAUAGCUCAGUUCUUUGUGUUCAUCAAAGGGCUGAUCUGGGAGAAAAACUUGAGUGUGGUAAGGAAUCAAGUCAGAGCUCAAAUCUACAGACCCGUCAGAAAGGUCACACAAUAGUGAAACCAUACAAAUGUGAGCAGUGUGGGAAAGAUUUCAGUCAUAGAUCAGCCCUUAAUGUUCAUUGUAAAGUCCACACAGGAGAGAAGCCUUAUAGUUGUGAGGUGUGUGGGAGGGCCUUCAGUCAGGCCUCUCAUCUUCAGGGCCAUCAGAAAGUCCAUACUGGAGAGAAGCCAUUCAAGUGUAAUGCAUGUGGUAAGAGCUUUAGUCGGAAUUCACACCUUCAGUCCCAUCAGAGAGUACAUACAGGAGAGAAACCAUACAAAUGUGAGGAAUGUGGGAAGUGUUUCAUUUGUAGCUCAAAUCUUUACAUUCAUCAGAGGGUCCACACAGGAGAAAAACCCUAUAAGUGUGAGGAAUGUGGUAAAGGCUUUAGUCGGCCUUCAAGUCUUCAAGCCCAUCAAGGAGUCCACACUGGAGAGAAAUCAUACAUCUGUACUGUAUGUGGUAAAGGCUUUACUCUGAGUUCAAAUCUUCAAGCCCAUCUGAGAGUCCAUACUGGAGAGAAACCAUAUAAAUGUGAAGAGUGUGGGAAGAGCUUCAGGAGGAACUCCCAUUAUCAAGUUCAUCUAGUCGUCCACACAGGGGAGAAGCCCUAUAAAUGUGGAAUAUGUGGGAAGGGGUUCAGUCAGAGUUCAUAUCUUCAAAUCCAUCAGAAAGCCCACAGUGUAGAGAAACCUUUUAAGUGUGAGGAGUGUGGGCAGGGCUUCAAUCAGAGCUCACGACUUCAGAUUCACCAACUAAUUCAUACUGGAGAGAAGCCAUAUAAAUGCGAAGAAUGUGGAAAGGGAUUCAGUCGGAGAGCAGACCUUAAAAUUCAUUGUAGGAUUCACACAGGAGAGAAACCAUAUAAUUGUGAGGAAUGUGGGAAAGUCUUCAGACAGGCCUCAAAUCUUUUGGCCCAUCAGAGAGUCCACAGUGGAGAAAAACCAUUUAAAUGUGAAGUAUGUGGGAAAAGCUUUGGUCGGAGCUCACACCUUCAAGCCCAUCAAAAAGUCCAUACAGGGGAAAAGCCGUACAAAUGUGAGGAGUGUGGGAAGGGCUUCAAGUGGAGCUUGAAUCUUGACAUGCAUCAGAGAGUCCACACUGGAGAAAAACCAUACAAGUGUGGGGAGUGUGGUAAGUACUUCAGUCAGGCUUCAAGUCUUCAGCUUCACCAGAGUGUCCACACUGGAGAGAAGCCAUAUAAAUGUGAUGUGUGUGGUAAAGUCUUCAGUCGGUCCUCACAGCUACAGUCUCAUCAGAGAGUUCACACAGGGGAGAAACCUUACACAUGUGAGUUAUGUAGUAAGAGCUUCAGUUGGCGAUCAAAUCUUACAAUUCAUCACAGAACUCAUGUUGGUCAUAAGUCCUAUAAAAAUGACGGUAAGAACAGAGAAUUCACACAGAAAUUUCUAUAAACUUUUUGAAGACCUGUCAUGAGUUUUUUCACAUUUCAGAAGAAAACUUGUUUCACUUUCUUAUCUGUAGUUAUUCAUGCCACUGAGGCUCAAAGCAUACAGCAAAAAGAACUCUUUCCCUUAGAGAAUAAACAAAAAGAACUUUUGCCCUUAGAGAAUAAAUGAGGUGAAUUAAGGACUGUUGAAGACAGGGGAUCACAUGAAGAGCUUUCCUGCUGGCAAAUCUGGCAACAAAUUACAAAUUACUUAACCACAUUUCACAACUCCACAGUAAAUAAUACUCAGUAGUGUUCACUAAAACUUUAAUUCCAUAAAGGCAGAAAUUGCUAAAUCUCCAUAAUCAGUAUUACAAGGUAGCUUAAAGGUGUACAGUAUUGUUACAUUAGUGAGAAAGUAUGAUGGUUGAAAAUUGUUUUGAAAUUUCCUCCAUGGUACUUUGAGUUGGUAUUUAGAAUAGAAAUCUUGAAAGUAAUGAAGUUAAAUCAGACAGCUAAGUAUUAUGGCAUUGCCCUGCUUCGAUUAGCACUAGUCCUCCCCAGUCUUAUCAAAUUGUCUCAUAAAGUUCUUGUUGAACUUUAGUAUUCUGUUAAUUUUACCCUCGAUUUCUCUUGUGACAGGAUAUACUGAAAAUGAAUGUUGCUAAUAUUAUAAUAACAGGACACUACAACGAGCUGGACAUGGGGGCUCACACCUAUAAUCUCAGCACUAGGGAAGCUGAGGUAGGAGGAUUGCUGGGAGUUUGAGGUCAAUCUGAACUACAUAGCAAGACCCUGUCUCAAACAAACAAAAAAGUCUGCCUAUUACACUGUCAUAUUUCGGUACUAUUAAUGUAGAAGUUUGUCAGAAAAAGUUACUAAUGACAAACAUUUUAUAGUAAAUAUUAAAUUGGUUUUUUGUUUGUUUUUUGAGAUAGGAUUUCACUAUGUAAUUUAGGGUGA